AUGAGUAUAGAUCAGCCAUGGACGGACUACAUCCUUCCGCCAGAUGUCAAAUCAGUCCAAACCAUCGGUCCAAAGUUGGAUCCGAAAGGCGAUGAUCAAGCCGUAAAAGACCAGAGCAAGCCAGAAGGGUUCGCUUACUACUGGCGUCUCCCCCCCGAGAUACGGCUCAUGAUCCUUGAGUUGAUAAUACCGCACAGAAUAUGCUGCAUUACGCACCCCGCAUUCAUCGGGUUAAUUCCCUCCAUGGAGUUCCCCGAGUUUCUAAAAACCUUCUAUGGCUGGUUUACAGAGGUACAUAGUCGAGGAAUCUAUACCAUCUUCAAGCGUACGACCAAAAACCAUUUCCUGUGGCGCAAGGAGUGGUGGAAUCGACAAGAUGACCCGGUGUACAUUCCGAACAUUUUCCUAAUGGAUAUAUGGAGGGGAUGGCAAGCCACGCAACUUUUUCAGGGGGCUACAGUCAUAGCCAAGGUACUAGAGCUAGUCGAAGACCAGUAUCGAGGCUCGAUGUUGAGCGACGUCUUCGCCAACCACAUCCAACAAGGGAGUUUCAGGGGCGUCAAGAAAUUUCAGCUCGUGCUGUUGACGGUCGAAUGCGGCUCGGACCUGGAUAUCUAUAGAGACGGUGAUGAGCGCGCAGUUAUUAGUCUCAACGAUAAGCGACUUCCCAACCUCCUCAGGCCGGUGUUCGCCCAUUUAAGGGGGGAUGAUUGCUGGGACCUCCGGCAUCAUAACGGCCCGGCUUUGCUAAGGUCCCUCAGAUUUGAAUGGAACAAGGACUUGAGGGAGUUGUUUGAAGAGCAAUGGCUUCGAAACCAGGAAAUCGUGUGGUCCGAGGACAUGCUCACAGAGAAGCGGUUCGGAUACAAACAUCGACAUCGAAUGCUCAAUCGCAGGCAUACAGCAGUGGCCAGACGGGUGCGUGAAAUGCCGGCCAUUGAACCCGUCAUCAUGUUUGAGAAACGGUGGCCGACAGAUGCUAUCAUCGCCACAUCUAGAUGGCGUCCAGAUGACCCUAAGUGGUAUGCUACUAGAAGUAGAGACGGGUUGUUGAGCAUCUCAAACAGAAGGGCGAUGUGUAUCAGUCACGAGCUCUGUCGUGAACGUAUGACACUUAGCAUACAUCGUAUGGUGAGACCAGCUAGUCAGGUUACGUUCUGA